GUCGUACUCGGGUUGCCCGGCAACUUCUAUCUCUUCCUACACACGUACAACGUCAGAGGUAUUUGGUUUUCAGUGUAUAGUAAUCACCGAAACAGGUGUCACAAAUUUUCAUUAUGUAUGUUGCAUCUUUGGUAUCAGUGAAAGACGUUCCAUUAUUAGGAAGCUUCUGAUCUCGAUAAUUUCUUAUCCAUCUCUUAGUAAUGCAUAUGUUAAAAUACUGGCCUCUGGCUAGCUGCAAAUAAUCUCAUAAAAUUUAUCCCAGGACACGUUGACAUUCCUUUUUUCCAUGGAAACGUACACAGAAAUGCAUUGGCUAAUAAGGUAGCUACUUGCAAUUGAGACAAACUCACAGAUCUAUUGUGGUUGGACUUCAAUAGGAGAAAGCUUUGAGAGAGAAGCAGUAACAAUAACAAGGUUUGAUGAACAUUUGCGAUAUCAAGGGCAACAAUAUGUGAAUGUUUUCCAAUAACUGGACAAGUUUCCACAAGCAUAACAAAAGCUACUAGGAUAUAAAUAAAUCUUAUUGGAAACCAGUUAGAUGAAUGUUAUAUGAUGAUGAUUUACUAUGGUCUGUACCAGCAGGUCAGGAGUGCAUUUAUAAAUCACUUGAUAUCUUCGAGUAGUAUCACACAUCAAGCGAUAUUCCACCGACAUUGCUAAUCAUGAAGUGAUAUCGGAUCUACUUGGUAAGUGCUUGAAAGUUAUAACGUUCCUUAUCGAUAUCUUUUUUAAUAACUUAAUUAAUUCUAGGAAUUAGUAUUCAAGAAGCGAUGUAUUAUGUUGAAAAGAGAAGAUUGAAGAAUAAGGAACACAGUCACUUAUAAAAUCCAUUCAGUAUUGUCAGUCAAUAGGAUUCAAAAAUGAUGACAUUUUGUGGUGUCCAAUGUUGCUGACACAGCAUCCACUGACGGUAGAACACCACUAUUUAGCUAUGAAAGAAGGAGGGUUCUCAAACAUUGAACCCAUCAUUUUAGCAAGAGCAAUUCAUUUUAUGAAAAAAGAAGUAUUAAAUUUGAAAAAAUGUGCCAUAAUUAUGGAUAAAACUGAUGUAGCUCGAAGUUUGGUAGAGCAUAUAGAAAAUAAAGAAAUUGCUGAAAGGUUUAUGAAAGACAUGAUGAUUAUACACCCUGGAAUAUAAAUGGCGAUUGAAUGCAGGUGAAGAUGAUAUAGUGAAAUUAUUUACUGUGCACAGGAUGAUCAUAAACAAAAGUUUUCGAAUAAUCCAAGAAAACAUUGCCAUAGCAGAGGAACUGGGCUUUAAUUCAGACAAAAUAUUGAAAAAUGGAUUUCUGUUGAACAACUAUCCAACCUAUGCCAGAACUAUUUUGGAAGAUUUUUCAAACUUAGCUGGAGCAGAUAUGAAGAGAGCCAUUAAACAUCAUCCAAAACUCCUGACAAGGCCACCUAGAAACAUAAUCAAAAUUUAUGGGAUUUUGAAGGAGUUUGAAAUACCAGAUGAGUUGAUAAGAAAAGGAAUGAGUGUCUUCUCGAUGUCUCCAGAAACUGUUAGGGCAAGGUUGCAAGCAAUAGAAGGCGAUCCUGAUAUGAAGACCCUCUUAAAACAUCCAAGAAUAAUUGAUUUUCUUUUACACCACCAAAAAGUCACGAAAAGGCUGUCUUUCUACAAGACCUCCAACUGAGGUGUGCUAGUUUUCAAGUUUUAGGUACUAGUAAUGAAGAUGAAUUUAACGACUACAUUAGGGAAGGCAAAGACAUAAAUCAUCCGGCUGACAUUAUAUUUUUCUGAAGAGCAUAUUCAAAAUUGAUGAUCCAAGUCUUAAAGAUAAAAUAAAAAGGCAUCCACACUAUUCACGAAUACCACUGAAGGAUAUGUUAGAAACAUAUAAGUUUUUAAUCCAUCGCAAGUUUCGUAAAAUGCACAUAUACAAAGCUGUACAUAUCUUAUUAUAUCCAAAGUAAGUACAAUAUAA